AUGAAGAAGAAGAUCCUCCUCAUGGGCCGCUCAGGAUGUGGAAAGACGUCAAUGCGAGCCCUGGUCUUCUCCUCUGCCCUAUACUCCAACCCUGCCUCAACCCAGAGGCUGGGGCCUACGACAGGAAUGGAGCUCAGUACAUUUCGCUUUCUCAAAAACCUCCUCAUCAACCUCUUCGAUUGCGGAGGACAACAGACAUACAUGGACUCGUACGUGGAGGAUAAGAGGGAACAAGUCUUCAAGGAUGUUGGCGCCUUCGUCUACGUAUUUGACAUGGGCAGCGCUAACAACGAAGAAGGCGAAGAUGGCUGGCAGGGGGAUCUCAGAUAUUGGAGGGACUGCCUCAAGAUCCUUCGUCAACUCUCACCAAAUGCUCAUGUCGUCUGCCUUCUGCACAAGAUGGACCUAUUAAACUCGGCCAGGCGACAGGAUAUCUACACUGACCGAGUCAAGGACCUUCGCGGCAAGGCCAAGGAGCUGGGAGCCACUGAGCUCAGCUGCUAUGGUACCAGUAUCUGGGAUGAGACUCUCUAUCGAGCCUGGUCACGGAUCAUUCAUGAGCUCAUUCCCAAUAUUGCGACCCUAGAGAGCAACUUGACAGAGUUCACAAAGAUAACGGCAGCUACAGAGGCCGUCAUCUUUGAGAAGACGACAUUUCUCGUCAUUGCCAGAAGCGGGGGAGAUACAGUCGCAAAGUCGGUGGGCGGCGCAGCAGACAAAGCCAAGGCGUCGACUGGCGCAGGAUCUUCGCCAUCCUCCAAGCGAGCUGCGACCACCAAUAGACUCUCUACCGUCUCGUCCCACGGCACUCUUGCCGAUGACAAGGAGAGGGACUCGCUGCUCGAAGGGUAUCCUCCUACCGAAGCCGAGAGAAAGGCGCUGCUGGCCCGGGGAGAGAUGCACCCGGAGCGCUUUGAGAAGAUCUCUGAGCUGGUGAAGAAUUUGCGUGGCAGCUGUAACAAGCUCCAGGCAAGCUUUGAAUCCUUUGAAGUUCGGGGGGCGACGUUUUCUGCCUAUCUUGAUGUCUUUACCGAGAAUACGUAUAUCAUGGUCAUCGUAGCGGAUCCGAGAGUUGAGCUCUCUGCGAUCAAGCUCAAUGUCCAAUUGGGAAGGGAACGUUUUGAGAAGCUAGGCUAA